AUGUUUGGUGUUGGGGCGAUAUGGCGACGACGCUUUUCCUCGCUUUGUCCGUCAAGGUUGAAGUCGGAUCACGACACCGACACAGGCGAAGAGGACAGCGUCGUCAGCGAACAUGAUCCCGCAGCGGGCAGCGAGUGGCUCUACAUCGCAGAACCUGUGGGCUUCUUCGUGCCGAAGAUGCAGAAGCGAUUGCAGCACCUGCACCUCGAUCAAGUCCAGCACCUUCUGCACUACGGCAACUUCAAGCACGUGAUGCGUCUCCACAGCAUCAGCCUCGUCACACCAGUCGAGGAGACUAGCGCCCGCGGAGCAAAGAAGUGGUGGAUGACUGUGCAGGACCCGAGCACGCUGCAAGUGUGGGUAGUUCACUUCCCGUCCAGGCAUCGACUACAGGCUUGGGUCGACUUGCUAUCCUCCGUCUUCGCUGCUACACACAGCAACGCUGUCGUCGGUGAUCUUGUAUCCAUCGAGGCCCAGCAAACUGGUCCACCAUCCUAG